UUUCCAUCAAAGACAAGGAGAGUACUAACGGUGUAACAUAGUAUUGCAUUUAUAUAUAAAUCGGUUAUGGAGUAAAUUAGAUGGUGUCAAGAGUUUAUUUGCUGGCAUUUAGUACUGAUGAUGUAUGCUGUAUAAGGUGAGAUAACUGUCCCUCACAAAUGUGUAAUGCUACUCGAGAUAUUAUGGACUGCAUGUUUGAAGUACACUCUGAAAUUCUGGGCGAUGUAGACGAUAUUCCACAGACUAAUGAGCCGGUUUGGAUACUGGGAAAAAGAUACAAUGCAAUACAAGAUUUGUAUCAAAUCAGGCAAGAUAUUAUAUCGAAAUUAUGGUUUACAUACCGAAAGAACUUUGUUCCCAUUGGUGGUAGCGAAGGUUAUACUACAGAUAAGGGUUGGGGUUGUAUGCUUCGCUGUGGCCAAAUGGUGCUUGCUCAAGCUUUAAUUAAUUUCCAUUUGGGUAGAGAUUGGUUAUGGGAACCUGAUAGUAGGGAUUCCGCUUAUUUAAAAAUCUUGAAAAAGUUUGAGGACAAAAGAGGUGCACCAUUUUCAAUCCAUCAAAUUGCUGCUAUGGGCGAGACUGAAGGGAAAGCAAUAGGGCAGUGGUUUGGCCCUAAUACAGUAGCACAAGUAUUAAAAAAAUUGAUUAAAUUUGACAGUGGCAACCAGAUUGUGAUUCAUGUUGCAUUGGAUAAUACAGUUGUAAUAAGCAAUAUUAGAGAUUUAUGUUGCGUUAGUGUCACUGAUUCAAUUAAAAUAGACUGGAAACCAUUACUGCUUGUUGUGCCUUUGAGAUUAGGACUUUCAGAAAUAAAUAGUGUAUAUAUUAAAGGCUUAAAGAAAUGUUUUCAGUUUAAACAAAGCCUAGGUGUAAUUGGCGGAAAACCAAAUUUAGCUCUAUAUUUUAUAGGUUAUGUGGGGAAUGAGGUAAUUUAUCUGGACCCACAUUUGACACAAAGAUCAGGUUCAGUUGAUAAUAAGUUGACUGACGAGAGCAAAGAGCUAGAUGCUAGUUACCACUGUAAAUAUGCUUCCAGAAUGAGUAUACUAGAAAUGGAUCCAUCAGUUGCAGUGUGCUUCUUUUGCCCUAGUGAAUCAGAUUUUAUUGAUCUCUGCCAGAAUAUAAAAGACAAACUAAUUGAAGAGGAAAAGCAGCCAUUAUUUGAAGUUAUUUAUGAGAUGCCCACUGAAUGGUUAAUUACAUCUGACAGUGUAGCCACAGGUUCAGACAUAGCAGGAGGUAGUCAAGAAUCAGACAAGGACGAGUUUGAAAUAUUAUAGCUUUAAGCCAUUUAUAAAUGGAUAUUUGGUAAAUUUUUGUUGCUUGUGUGUAUAUAUAUUUUUUUACAUUAAAAUGGUUUCCACAUUUGCGAAAGUUUAAGUUAUUAUGAAAUUGUGAUAAUUUGUA